GUUGUUUUCUUCUACUUCCAACAUGGCUUCCUUCAGUCAACUUGUGUAGUGCCAAACAGUGCAAUGUUUGUUCUUCAACCUUCAGUGUGAUAUAUUGUUUUUCCAAAAGACGAACAGAAGGUUCCACCGGACAUGUCGGACAAAGAGGCCGGGAAAGGGAAGGAGAGUUCCGCGGAGAAAGGCUUCAGGACUCCGGGGCUGAGGGGAGCUAAGACCACCACUCUGUUCCGAGCUGUCAACCCUGAACUCUUCAUCAAACCUAAUAAACCGGUGAUGGCGUUUGGGCUGGUGACCAUCACUCUGUGUGUGGGCUACCUGGGCUACAUGCACGCAAUGAAAGAAAACGACCAGCAGCUUUAUGAGGCCAUCGACAGCGAAGGAGAGAAAUACAUGAGGAGGAAGACUUCCAAAUGGGACUGAAUGUGUGUGUUUGUGUGUGUGUUUAUGUACAGUGACGAUGGUGAGAAUUAAAACUUGACUGAAAAAAAAGACACCUGUCAUUCUCUCUUUACAUGCAUCCACUACACUCUGUUAUAAAUGUACCUACUAAUGAUUUUCCAGUAGGUACAUACAGUUACUGUAAUGCAAUAUCAGGCUUUUCUCUGUCUUUCAUCAUUGUAAACUGACUGUUUUUGGUUUUGGGACAUCAUCUUAGCUUGGGAAAACGUUUUUUCACCAUUAAUAAUGGAGGCUAAAAAUUAGCACCAGCUGCGGGCCCAAUUUAUUUGGGACGUCAUAAUUCCCACCAGUGUUCAGAUUGGAUUCAGCCCAGAGAGUAAUUGAAACCAGCUCUGUAGGUGGCGUUUUAUUCAGGGUUGAGACAGGUAAUAUACUUGGUUUCUCUUCUAUGCAGAAAUGACAAGUUUGAGGAUUGUCCUCAGUGUCUUGUUAAAACAGAAAUGUCAUUUUUACCAGCUGCCUUUGCCUUUGUGAGCUAACAAUUUCAUUCUUGCAAGAAACUUCAACAGUAAAAGAAGAAUUUUGGAAAAAAUAUUUCAAUAUCUAAAACAUUUCUAUGUAAAAUUAUAUAUAAAACUGUAUAUCUUGAAAAUGACUUCCACUAAAAUUAAAGAAAAAUAGAUUACA